AUGAAACUCGACGCCAAGGCGAUCCGCUACCUCACCUCUGAGGAUUUCCGCGUGCUUCAAGGGGUGGAGGCUGGCAGCCGUAACCAUGAGGUUGUUCCGACCCCUCUGAUCGCCCAGUUGUCAGGCCUGCGCGGUGGCAGUGGCGUGCAUCGUGCCAUCUCGAAUUUGGCCAAGACGAACCUGAUUGCCAAGGUGAAGAACGCGAAGUACGAUGGCUACCGACUCACUUACGGAGGUCUUGACUAUUUGGCUUUGAACGCGCACCAAAAACAGAAGGUCGUGUACUCGGUUGGAAACCAGAUUGGUGUUGGCAAGGAAUCAGAUAUUGUCGUAGUCGCACACGGCAGUGGAUCGCAACGAAUCCUCAAGAUCCAUCGUCUGGGCCGUAUUUCGUUCCGAACCGUUAAGACCAACCGUGACUACCUUCGACAUCGCAACACUGGCUCCUGGAUGUAUAUGUCGCGGCUGGCCGCGAUGAAAGAAUUUGCCUUCAUGAAGGCGCUACGAGAGAACGGAUUCUCGGUCCCCGAACCCAUCGCGCAGAAUCGCCAUACCAUUGUCAUGAGCUUGAUUGACGCCUUCCCUCUUCGUCAGAUCGCCAAGGUCCCCAAUCCGGCAGGACUAUACUCAGAGCUUAUGGAUAUGAUUAUUGAACUGGCGCGAUUCGGUUUGAUCCAUGGUGAUUUCAACGAGUUUAAUAUCCUUAUCAAGGAAAUUCCAAUUCCCAGUGAAAAGGACAAGGAGGCUGAAAACGCGGAGGCCGAAGAAGAAAAUUACCGGCUGGAACCGGUGCUCAUCGAUUUCCCGCAAAUGGUGUCCAUCGAUCACGUCAAUGCCGAAAUGUACUUUGAUCGUGAUGUCAACUGUAUCAAGCGCUACUUCCAGCGCAAGUUCCACUUCGUGAGUGAUGCGCCUGGUCCUUCCUUUGCGGAUGCGAAGAAGGUCUUCCUGAAGAACCCUGGAAAGCGACUGGAUGUGGAAGUUGAGGCCUCUGGGUUCUCGAGAAAGAUGGCUCGUGAUCUGGAGAACUACAUGAAAGAAGUUGGCGCUGAUGGAGAUGCGGGUGAGAGAGAUAAUGAAGACGAAGAAGAAGACGAAGACGAGGAAGAAGGCUCGGGCUCGGAUUCCGAAGAAGUUCAGGAGGACGAACAACCAGCCCGGGCCGAUGCUGAUGUGGACGAGAGCUCCAAGCGCCUGGAGGGACUCCAGGUUUCCUGGUCUUCAGCACAGUAA